AUGAAAUCGAAGCAAAAGGUCUAUCAACCGAAGAGAAGAAGCGCCGCUGGCUCCUCCAGUACCGAUAGAUGGACUAUCUCAAACGAAACCACGAAUACCCCGAGAGACGCGGGUGGAGACGUCAGCGCCGACCUCGAUAUCCCUGCUAUUUACAAAGCCCUCCCAUCCCAUGAACCAACUGACGGCGUGAUCCCGCCUCUGCUAUGCACAACACAGUGGCGAGAGAUGUUCCUCCACACAGUUCAGCGUGUGAGCCAGCGACAGGCGGACACGAUCGUCGCCGAAGACGACGUGGAGCUUGAUAUUGCGUACAAUUCCCAGAAAGACCACAAGCUUUUCGCUGGUUCAGGGUCAUAG